AUGUCUGUACAAUCAGUGUGUCAGGUUGUGCAGUCUGUGAAAUUGUUUGCUGGGAAUGGUGUUGGCAGCAGUAAAGACUUGGUUUUUGUUGAUUUUGUUGGGUUAUGUAGUGGGAAAAAGUCGAAGAAGGCUUGUUCGAGUACUCGCAGGAGAAUUAGUGUAAAUGGUAGUACAAUUCAAAAGAGUUUUAUUGGGCCAAGGAAAAACUGGGCAUCUUCUAUUAAAUCAGUUCUUGAUCUUGAACGGGUUAAUAGUGCCUCACAGCAGUCCUCUGAUCUUAAACCCAAGGUUGUGAACUUAAAGGACAUACUAUCCGAGAGAGGGGCAUGUGGAGUUGGCUUUAUUGCCAAUUUGGAUAACAAAGCAUCACAUGAAAUUGUUAAGGAUGCUCUUACUGCUCUUGGCUGCAUGGAACAUCGUGGGGGUUGUGGAGCAGAUAACGAUUCAGGUGAUGGUUCUGGACUGAUGACUUCAAUUCCUUGGGAGCUUUUUGACAACUGGGCCAAUGAACGAGGCAUAGGUGCUUUUGACCGAUUGCACACCAGUGUUGGAAUGCUGUUUCUUCCCAUGGAUGAUAACCUGAAUAGAGAAGCUAGAACAGUUAUUUCGAAUAUAUUUAAACAAGAGGGCCUUAAAGUGCUUGGAUGGAGGUCUGUACCUGUAAAUACUUCUAUAGUUGGCCCUAAUGCCAGAGAAACCAUGCCGAACAUACAGCAGGUUUUUGUCCAAAUUUCUAAAGAAGAAAAUGUUGAUGACAUUGAAAGAGAGCUGUACAUUUGUCGGAAAUUGAUUGAAAGAGCAGCAAGUACGGAAACUUGGGGAAAUGAUCUUUAUUUUUGCUCAUUAUCCAAUCAAACUAUUGUUUACAAGGGAAUGCUUCGUUCCGAGGUUCUCGGUUUAUUUUAUUUUGAUCUUCAAAGUGAUCUUUAUAAGUCUGCUUUUGCUAUUUACCACCGAAGAUACAGUACAAAUACAAGUCCUAGAUGGCCACUAGCUCAACCAAUGAGGUUCCUUGGUCAUAAUGGAGAGAUCAACACUAUUCAGGGUAACUUGAACUGGAUGCAAUCCCGGGAGGCAUCACUGAAGUCUCCUGUUUGGCGUGGUCGUGAAAAUGAAAUUCGCCCUUUUGGAAAUCCCAAGGCAUCUGACUCUGCAAAUCUUGAUAGUGCUGCUGAAUUGUUAAUAAGAAGUGGUCGCACUCCUGAGGAGGCUCUGAUGCUUCUUGUCCCAGAGGCAUACAAAAAUCAUCCGACAUUGAUGAUCAAAUACCCUGAGAUUGUUGAUUUUUAUGAUUACUACAAAGGUCAAAUGGAGGCUUGGGAUGGACCUGCUUUACUUUUAUUCAGUGAUGGGAAAACAGUUGGAGCUUGUCUGGACCGUAAUGGUCUUCGCCCUGCUAGAUAUUGGCGGACAGUAGACAAUGUUGUCUAUGUCGCAUCUGAGGUUGGCGUCCUACCAACGGAUGAUUCCAAAAUCAUAAUGAAAGGACGGUUAGGUCCUGGAAUGAUGAUAACUGUCGAUCUACCCAGUGGUCAGGUGUAUGAGAAUACAGAGGUCAAAAAGCGAGUUGCACUGUCAAAUCCUUAUGGAAAAUGGGUUACUGAAAAUCUCCGUUCUAUAAAGCCAGCAAACUUUCUUUCAUCUACACUAAUGGACAAUGAAGUAAUAUUAAGACGCCAACAGGCAUUUGGCUAUUCGAGUGAGGAUGUCCAAAUGGUGAUUGAAACUAUGGCUGGUCAAGGGAAGGAGCCUACUUUUUGCAUGGGGGACGAUAUUCCGUUGGCAGUAUUAUCUCAAAAGCCGCACAUGUUAUAUGAUUAUUUCAAGCAACGGUUUGCCCAGGUUACAAAUCCUGCCAUUGAUCCUCUCAGAGAAGGAUUGGUCAUGUCUCUUGAAGUUAACCUUGGGAAGAGAGGAAAUAUACUAGGAAUUGGUCCUGAGAAUGCCUCUCAGGUAAUUUUGUCAAGUCCUGUGCUGAAUGAAGGGGAGUUUGAGUCUUUAUUGAAAGAUCCAUACUUGAAAGCCCAAGUAUUACCUGCAUUUUUUAACAUAAGGAAAGGGGUUGAUGGUUCGCUGGAGAAAACACUUACUAACCUUUGUGAAGCUGCUGAUGAAGCUGUUAGAAAUGGUUCUCAGCUGCUUGUGCUUUCUGAUAGGUCUGAUGAGCUGGAGGCAACUCGGCCUGCAGUUCCAAUACUUCUUGCUGUGGGUGCUGUUCACCAGCAUCUAAUUCAGAAUGGACUGCGAAUGUCAACUUCUAUCAUUGCUGAUACUGCUCAGUGCUUUAGUACUCAUCAGUUUGCAUGUCUGAUUGGAUAUGGUGCAAGUGCUGUAUGUCCAUACUUGGCACUUGAGACUUGCAGACAGUGGCGCUUGAGCAAUAGAACUGUAAACCUGAUGCGGAACGGGAAAAUGCCCACUGUUACAAUUGAACAGGCUCAAAAGAACUUUUGCAAGGCAGUAAAAUCUGGCCUUCUGAAAAUUCUCUCCAAAAUGGGCAUCUCAUUGCUGUCAAGUUAUUGUGGCGCUCAGAUAUUUGAAGUUUAUGGAUUGGGCAAUGAGAUCAUUGAUAUCGCAUUUUGUGGGAGUAUGUCGAGCAUUGGUGGUUUAACCUUGGACGAGUUGGCGAGGGAGACCCUCUCAUUUUGGGUUAAGGCUUUCUCUGAGGAUACAGCUAAAAGACUUGAAAAUUUUGGGUUCAUACAAUUUAGACCUGGAGGCGAAUAUCAUGGUAACAACCCCGAAAUGUCAAAGCUGCUCCAUAAAGCUGUCCGCCAAAAGAGUGAAAGUGCUUACUCAAUUUAUCAACAGCAUUUGGUUAACCGGCCUGUGAAUGUUCUCAGGGAUCUCCUUGAGUUUAAAAGUGAUCGUUCCCCGAUUCCAGUUGGAAAGGUAGAACCUGCUACAUCUAUUGUUCAGCGGUUUUGCACUGGUGGCAUGUCACUUGGAGCUAUUUCCAGGGAAACUCAUGAAGCGAUUGCUAUUGCCAUGAAUAGAUUGGGUGGGAAAUCUAAUUCAGGAGAAGGGGGUGAGGAUCCUAUUCGCUGGAGUCCACUUACUGAUGUUGUUGAUGGGUACUCUCCAACAUUGCCGCACCUUAAAGGUCUUCAAAAUGGUGAUACUGCAACUAGUGCCAUCAAGCAGGUUGCUUCAGGACGCUUUGGUGUUACUCCAACAUUCUUGGCUAAUGCUGAUCAGCUAGAAAUCAAAAUUGCUCAAGGUGCAAAACCUGGUGAAGGCGGACAACUGCCAGGGAAAAAAGUUAGCGCUUAUAUUGCAAGACUAAGGAACUCAAAACCUGGUGUCCCUCUCAUAUCUCCACCUCCACACCAUGACAUUUAUUCUAUUGAGGAUCUAGCUCAACUGAUUUUUGACCUUCAUCAGGUCAACCCUAAGGCCAAAGUAUCUGUAAAGCUUGUGGCAGAAGCAGGCAUUGGCACAGUGGCUUCUGGGGUAGCAAAGGGUAAUGCUGAUAUUAUACAGAUAUCUGGGCAUGAUGGGGGAACUGGAGCCAGCCCUGUGAGUUCCAUCAAGCAUGCUGGUGGUCCUUGGGAACUCGGGCUUACAGAAACGCACCAGACACUCAUUUCAAAUGGACUCAGAGAGAGAGUUAUUCUUAGAGUUGAUGGUGGCUUUAAAAGUGGAUUUGAUGUCCUAAUGGCUGCAGCAAUGGGUGCUGAUGAGUAUGGAUUUGGUUCUGUAGCAAUGAUUGCCACUGGCUGUGUGAUGGCUCGUAUCUGCCACACGAAUAAUUGUCCUGUUGGUGUUGCCAGUCAGAGAGAGGAAUUAAGGGCUCGUUUUCCUGGUCUACCUGGUGACCUGGUCAACUUCUUUUUAUAUGUUGCUGAAGAGGUAAGAGGUAUGUUGGCCCAACUGGGCUACGGAAAACUGGAUGACAUAAUUGGACGUACAGAGCUACUAAGAUCUCGAGAUAUUUCAUUGAUGAAGACUCAGCAUCUUGAUCUUAGUUAUAUUCUUUCUAGUGCCGGAUUGCCAAAAUGGAGCAGCACUAUGAUUAGGAAUCAGGAAGUUCACAGUAAUGGUCCAGUUUUGGAUGAUGUCUUACUUUCAGAUCAAGAGGUAUCAGAGGCAAUUGAGAAAGAACUGGUGGUUAAUAAAACUGUAAAUAUAUACAAUGUGGACAGAGCAGUUUGUGGGCGUAUUUCAGGUGUGAUCGCAAAGAAAUAUGGAGAUUCUGGUUUUGCUGGGCAGCUAAAUUUAACAUUCACAGGGAGUGCGGGGCAGUCAUUUGCAUGUUUUCUGACACCUGGAAUGAACAUUCGACUUGUAGGAGAAGCUAACGAUUAUGUGGGGAAGGGUAUGGCCGGAGGUGAAUUGGUUGUGACUCCCGUUGAAAAUACCGGGUUUUUGCCUGAGGAUGCAACUAUUGUAGGGAAUACCUGCUUGUAUGGAGCCACAGGGGGUCAGGUCUUCGUCAGAGGGAAAGCCGGGGAGCGUUUUGCAGUAAGAAACUCACUUGCUCAAGCAGUGGUGGAAGGAACUGGAGAUCACUGUUGUGAGUACAUGACAGGAGGUUGUGUGGUUGUGCUUGGAAAGGUGGGUAGAAAUGUGGCAGCAGGUAUGACUGGAGGUUUGGCGUACAUUCUUGAUGAGGACGAUACACUCAUCCCCAAGGUGAACAAGGAAAUCGUGAAGAUCCAGAGAGUGGUUGCUUCGGUCGGUCAGAUGCAGUUAAAGAGCCUUAUUGAAGCCCAUGUUGAAAAAGCUGGGAGCAGCAAAGGCGCUGCCAUUCUCAAGGAAUGGGACAAAUAUUUGCCGCUCUUUUGGCAACUGGUUCCACCAAGUGAAGAAGACACUCCGGAGGCUUGUGCCAACUUCGCCCAAACAGCCACUGGGGAGGGCGAUGAAAAACAUGUGGUGGCCGGCGAUGAUCAGCCACCGCAUAAAGACGAAGCUGGUGGUCCAAGUACAGAUGAAUCUGCAGCCCACAGCAAAACCCACAUUUCUUCUCUUUUAGAUUAG